UUGAGACUUGGCCGGUGCGGGUGGGUCCCGGAAGUCGUGACGUAGCUAUUAACAGCCGUUAGAUUCGAUGUAGGUUCGACGGCUUAGAUUAUUACGGUUACAAAGAGAACCCGGUUAAGCAUAAACCACGUCGGUUGCUGGAGCAGAAAGUAAAGAAGCAAAUAAGCGGGAAAAUCGAGGGUAAAAGAGUCAUUUCGUAAGACCCCACCACCACCACCACCACCGCCGCACUCUCAUCUACGUUCUGAAAAUCGAGAAACCGUGAGAAGAAGAUAAAACGAAAACUAAUUUUGCUUUUAUACAUUAAUUUCGGAGAGAGAGAGAGAGAUCUAGUAGCAGUUGGAUUCGUUGAAAGGAAAGUGGAUUUGGUAUCUCCACCGAAAAGCUACAGAGAGAAUCUUCUUCUUCGAGCUCGUAAUCAUGACGGAGGUUGUUCUACACAUAUACGACGUGACAAACAGUGGAUCGGAGAAGACGAACAACACCAUCCUCCAGAUCAACAGGUUCUUCAAAGACGGUAUUGGCCUAGGCGGCAUCUUCCACAGCGCCAUUCAGGUGUAUGGGGAUGAGGAAUGGUCUUAUGGGUUUUGUGAACAAGGCACUGGUGUCUUCAGCUGUCCUAGCAGCAAGAACCCUAUGUAUACUUAUCGUGAGAAAAUCGUCCUUGGGAAGACAGACUGCACCAUUUUCAUGGUGAAUCAGAUAUUGCGUGAGCUCAGCAGGGAAUGGCCUGGACAUUCGUAUGAUCUCUUGUCUAAAAAUUGCAAUCACUUCUGUGAUGUACUAUGUGAUGUACUUGGCGUGCCAAAGCUCCCAGGUUGGGUGAAUCGAUUUGCUCAUGCUGGUGACACGGCCUUGGAAGUUGCAGGAAACACAGCGAUGAGGAUAAAGCAAGCCAAAACUGAAAUAGUAUCAGCUAGUAAAGUGGCUUAUCGCUUCCUUUCCAAUGUUACAUCAAACGUAACCAACGGCUCCUCCAAUGGCUUACAACAACGACCUGGAACCCUCACCAAUUCAGAAAAUGGUAACUCGAGCUUGCAAGGUAGUUGGUUCAAAGGGUUACUUAACACUUCAAAACCCUCCACAAGUACAGAGAUAGAUAACAAAGAUGAUGAUGAAAAUCAGCAGAGAAAACAAAGCCGUGACUCUGCACCCCUCAACCAUAGCGCAUUUGGUUAACUACUGGUCGAAAAGUGUACCAACAUUGUACUCUCAUCUGUAUCCAUUACUUUUGUACCAUCACUGGAUCUGUUAUUUCUUUCAGCAAAAAGUGUGAUUUUGAUAAGAAAAUACUAUUGAGCUAGUUGUUAAUGGCAAAUCUCAACAUAUUCAUACUGCUUUGAAAAUGUGACAGAACUAGUUACAAAUGAGGUAUGACAUUGGGUAUUGAUGUAUACAACUCAGAACGCACUUUGCAGUGCUACAAGAA